AUGAAGCUCAUCCUCCCAUGGGUAGCCAUUGGGCUGACCGUACUACCUGGAUCCGACGCAUUCUGGCGUAUCAACUGCGAGAUCAUUCAGACUGGCCGUGUCGACCCCCUUGUAAACCCAGGCACGGUAGCCGCACACGCCCAUACCAUCACUGGAGGCUCUAACAUCGGUGUCAACUCGACUCCGGCGGAUAUGGUCAACUCAGAAUGCACCUCUUGCGAAGUCACAGCAGACAAAUCAGCAUACUGGACACCCCUAUUAUACUACUGGUACCCAAAUGGAUCAUUCUUCCAAGUGCCGCACAGCGGUGCUGUCGUGUACUAUCUUGGGCGUGGGCCGAACGUCAAUAACACCGUGCCAUUCCCACCUGGUUUUAAGAUCUUGUCUGGUAACAAGGCGUUGCGGAGUUAUGAUACCCAGUCUUUGACAUAUGGGAAUGCUCAAUAUCCAGGUCGUCCGAUCGCGGAUCGAGUGAGCUUCGCAUGUCUGGUCGCCUUCGGCCUCAAAUUACCGCCCAAUCAGCCUUAUAUGUACAAUGCCACACAGUGUGUCAAUGGGCUGCGCGCGCAGAUUGGAUUCCAGUCCUGCUGGAACGGUAUCGAUCUGUACAAAACAGACAACAGCCACGUGGCCUACCAAAGUGGCAUCGACAAUGGCGUCUGUCCGCCUUCCCAUCCAGUACAGCUCCCUAUCAUCUUCGUUGAGACCAACUAUGCGGUCGGUCAAGUCCCGAAUGCGACAGAUGAUAACAGAUUCGUCUUUUCACAAGGUGAUCCAACGGGCUACGGCUUUCACGGCGACUUCAUCAAUGGGUGGGACCCGGUCGUGCAAACAAACGCAGUCAACAAUUGCUUGUACAACGGUGCACCAGAUGGGGUCAUCCAAGAAUGUCCGUACCUCAACGAGGUCGACACCACUGGUGCAGCUGCCAAUUGUCCAGAGCGGCGACAACAGGUUAGGGAAAACGUCACGGGUAUGCUGGAUCAUUUGCCAGGCUGUGUGCAAGUGACCUACGGACCCGGUAGCGCCACUGCUGCACAAAUGGAGUGUAAUGCUAGUGUCCCAAUACCAUACAUAACACCAACGCCAAUGGGAACACCCCUGCCAACUGCCACACCCGUUAUUGGGCAACAAUAUGGUCUGCCCACUUUCCAAUACCUUGGAUGCUACAACGAUACUGGCCCUGGUGGUGGAUACCGUACGCUCAGCAGUCUGGCAUACAGCAACUAUUCUUUCAUGACAAUCGAGUUUUGUCAGCAGUACUGCACUUCUAAGGGGUAUCAAUAUGCAGGCCUGGAGUAUGCCCAAGAAUGUCACUGUGAUAACAACCUCAAUCCCACUGCUCAGCUGACUACUGCUGUUACCAUGAAUGAGUGCACAUGGACUUGUGGUGGUACGCUGACCCAAGGUGGUACACAAGAGUUCUGUGGCGGCUUGUCUUAUAUGAGUGUCUAUAACAACACGAACAGUAGCUUCGUUGGCUUCGGAGACAACAGCAACACUGCUGGGAACACCCAGCCUUAUGUACCGGCCGCCGGAUUUGCCUCGAACUAUCUCGGCUGCUAUUCCGACAAUCAUGGCGGGCGGGCUCUUGCGAACGGCGGCAUAAGCUGGAACAACAUGUCCGUCGAGGUCUGGGGACAGUACUGCGCUACCACGCAGAACGUCAUCGGCGGCAUUGGAUAUCAAUACUAUGGCCUCGAAUACACUUCUCAGUGCUUUUGCGGCAAUCAGCUUGGCGGGAACAACUCAUUCCUUACGCCGUUCACAACGCCGAGUGGUGGCGCCAACGCACUGAGCUUGUAUAACAAUACUGGAUACAAUCCGCCGGCGAACAAACCCAGCGUCGGGAAGUUCCAAAGCCAGACAUGCCUCAAGGACCCAACCAUUGGCGGAGGCCGUGCGCUGCAACCCGGUGUCCUGCGGAACAACAACAUGACUGUCGAGAUGUGCAUCAAGUAUUGCCUCGGCAAUUACUACAAUUAUGCUGGGAUCGAGUACGGCGUGGAGUGCUAUUGCGGCAACCAGAUCCUUGCAUCAACUGGAGCCGUUAUUCAAGCUUGUCCCGCCACCACGCAGAAAUUGUGCCCAGGAAAUCCUACAGUCAGCAGUCUACCAAUCGGAUCCGUCGUCUUCACAUACUGA